AUGCCUCUACUAAGUCGGGGACUCGAAACCUUUCUAGUCGGCGAGGAGAACUGGCAGGAGAAGCUCUUAUGGGUGAACAACGAUCUUGUGGUGCUCAUUUACCCAAUAGAUAAGGUGUAUGUCGACUGCGCUCCGACACUUUUUGGUGCUGACAAGGAACUAGUUGAUGCCUUAGAGAAGAUCAACAUCAACGGUGAAAAUUGGAUUGACUUCUUUUUGCCUGCCAGCGGAAUGAGCGUCGCUUGGUGGGUUGCGGGAAAAUGCCCGAGUUUUUCAUUGGGAAAGAGGGUAUUGAUGGGUUUUGAUCAUUCUAACACUCCUAUGCUGUACAUGCAACCCUAG